AUGGAGCUGGAGAAUGCGCUCACCGAGCUCAAUGGCUACAAGGCGGCCGAAGCUGAGACGGCGGCGGAGACGGCGGCGGAGAUGCGGCCGCCGCCGCUGGCAUGGGACGAGCUGCUAGUGGAGGACGAGGUGGCAGAGAUGGACGAGCUGGUCGGCGGGCCAGGGCCGAGUCAGGGCACUGUGGAUGAGCUAGACGAGCUGGAUGAGGUUGGCAAGGAUCUGUAUGCGUCGAUGGUCCGCGCAGCAGUGCUGUCGCAGAGCUUUGGUGUCAGCGGCAGAGUGCUGGACGACAGCAGUGAGGACGACGACGAGGAUGUGGCCGACGAGCUCGGCUUUGUCUCGCCGGUCAAGACGUCGCAGAGGCUGGCUGUGUCGGUCGGGCUCGGUGCAGCGCCGUUUACGCCGACCAUCGAGUUUGGCGAGCACGCGCGCGAGGAGCUCCACGACUUGCGGCUCAAGUGCCAUGCACAGCGGGUCGAGAUGGCGACGAUGGCAAAGCAGAUGGAGGCGCUGCAGGCGUCAGCAACAGGUGUGGGCGAGUAACAAGCGGGGCAAAAA